UAAGAGCCCUGGCAAACACUCCCACUGACAGCGAUCGAGGGGGCGGAGUCAGUGUGCUGUAUUAAGAGCCCUGGCAGGGCUGGGCAGCUCACACCUGCACCAUCAGCACACAGCAACAGCAUUCAGGUAGCAGCAAUACGAAAUUGGAAACAGAUUUCAAGAUGCCGCUUGUAAACAGUUUGGGGCCUCUGGAAAGUUACAUCGGUGUAGAGGAGGGAGUUGCUUUCAAGGCUGACAGCGGCAUGUUCUGGAGCUGCAUCGAGCGAUCUAAUAUCUACAACAUUGAGGCAGCCAAGAGCACCAAAGACAGCUGGUGCAAGUUCCUGGUUUCCAAAGCCCCAAAUGGGAAGAUCUUGCUGAGGGACCGUAGAGGCGUGUACCUCAGCCGAAUUGACAGAUCGGGAAUCCAGCACAUUGAGGCGGCCAAGACAAACCCUGACAAAUACUGCGAGUUCAGCGUCUUCACCGAAGACGGCAAAGUCAUCCUCCAAGCUGACAACGGAAGGUUUAUCAGCAGAAUCUAUCGACAGAAUCAGAACAUCGAGGCUGCAAAGGAGGGCCCGGAUGAGUGCUGCAGGUUCAGCACGACCAUCGGAGACAUCAUCAGCCCUACCUUCCAGAUCGUCAAGGUAGACUUUGGCAAGGUACCAGACCUCAUUGAUAAGCCAUCAGUGGUGAGCUGCGAUGUCUAUAAUAACCGCACCAGUGUGAACCAACAACACACCUUCAGCUUAACCUGGGAAACCAAAGUCACUGAAACCACCAGCUGGAAGCACGCCUGGGGCUUCUCCUCCACUGUAUCUGCAGAUGUUUCAUUUGCGAGUGUUGAAGCCACAGUGAGUUACAAUGGGGAGUACGGCAAGGAGUCCACCAAAGAGAAAACCAUCUCCCAGAGCAGAAGCACAGAAGUCACCGUCCCGCCCCACACCAAGAUCACCGCCAAGCUCAUCGCCCACAAAGACGACGACGCGGAGAUUCCCUUCACAGCGACGGUCAAGAAGGUCAAGAGCGACGGACAAGUGGAGAUCCUGAAACAAGAAGGCACCUGGAAGGGGGUGCUGUACGAAAACGUGAUGAUCGAAGUCGACGAAGAACAACUGACGAAGAAAUAGGAGCUGUGCGUCGGGUAACGCUUCAGAUGAAGUGUCUCUGAUUACAGUGUAUUGAAACAGUAUUGACAAUGCUUACACAUCAUUACAAUGUUAUUGUGCAGAGUGGCAAUGGCCUUCAUAUCAUAGGGCAGCAGUGUGGAGUAGUGGUUAGGGCUCUGGUCUCUUGACCGGAGGGUCGUGGGUUCAAUCCCAGGUGGGGUUCACUGCUGCUGUACCCUUGAGCAAGGUACUUUACCUAGAUUGCUCCAGUAAAAACCCAACUGUAUAAAUGGGUAAUUGUAUGUAAAAAUAAUGUGAUGUCUUGUAACAAUUGUCAGUCGCCCUGGAUAAGGGCGUCUGCUAAGAAAUAAAUAAUAAUAAUAUUGAAAUUUUCUUGCGCGAUAUAUGUAAGGAUUACAGUUAGGGUUAUAUCAUG